GUGUUAAAGCUGUAUUUUCUGGACAUUACCACAGGAAUGCUGGAGGGUCCUACCAAGGACUGGAAAUGGUGGUUUCAUCAGCAAUAGGAUGUCAACUGGGAGAAGAUACUCAUGGGCUUCGAGUGGUGGUUGUCACAGAUGAGAAGAUUGCUCACCAAUACUACAGUUUAGACGAACUGAGCAGUCAAGGCAUGGAACAAGAGCUGCUGGCUAUGCUUGCUGAGCACAGUUAG